AUGUCCUUCCCGUCGCUGUCGAGGUCCGACAUGUCAGCCAGCGAGCUUGGUCGCUCUAUCCUGAAGCCGAGGUGGAUUUUUGGUUUUGCUAUUGUGCUCGUAACUUUAAUCACUCUGUUUACACACACGGCGUCACAUUCUGUCGGCGGCCUGGUCAAGUCCAUCGGCACCACAAAACCCUCCGCCUCCACAUCGUCCACAACGUCCAGCGAUGGCAAGGCUGGCCUCCACUACCUGAUCCCAGCGACAAGUAGCAAUCGCGACUUCUGCAAGCUGCUCCUCUCCUCUACCAUCCUCGACUAUCCCACCCCCGUCCUGAUCAACUGGGGCGCUCACGAAGAAGCCAAUCCCUACAAACAACACCUCGCCAAAGUCGAGACCCUGCUCGCCUACCUCAAGAGGCUGAAGCCCAUCAGCAAGGAGGAUGAUCUGGUGCUCAUCCUAGACGGCUACGAUGUCUGGUUCCAAUUGCGCCCCGAUGUCCUGCUCAAGAGAUACUUUGAGAUGAAUGCCAAUCUCGACCAGAGAACCAUCCAAGCCUUUGGUCAAGACGCUUUCGACAAGGGCGAUCAUCGCACCACUGUCAUUUUCGGCCCCGACAAGAUUUGUUGGCCCGUUGAUUUCAGCCGACCAGCAUGCUGGGCUGUUCCUCACACCGGUCUCUCCCCAACCGCCUUUGGCCCUGAGAUCAACGACUUCCGCGAGACCCACAACGAACCCAGAUGGCUGAACUCGGGAACAAUCAUGGGUCCCAUCCAAGAUAUGAUUGAUGUUUUCCAAGCUACUCUCGACCUUAUCCACUACAACCACACUACAGACUCGGAUCAAUUCUACUUUGCCAACGUCUUUGGUGAUCAAGAGUUUGCUCGGCUGUCUCUUGACCAGGAUCUGCUCGAGAACCAAGCCAAGGAGAAAUAUAGAGAGGAGUUCAACAACGAAGAGGAUCCGCCUCGCCAAAUUCCCGAGUUUGAUGUUGGACAGAGAACCGAGUAUCACAUUGGUAUCGAUUACUUCUCAGCCAUGUUCCAAACUCUGGCCUUUUACAAACAAUUCCUUGCCUGGAUUCGUCCCAGCGACUCCUGGGCUACCAAGACCGCCGAUAAUGGCGAUGUUUCGCAAGAGCAAUACAACUUUGAGGUAGCGAAAGACAUAUCCUCGUCGCUUUCACCUUAUGCCGCAUUCGAGGCUUCGCCGCCCAAAACCAACAACUCGGUGGAGUACCCCAAGUCGUGGUCGAACGUCAGUCUCUGUGUCAACACCGUCACUGACUUGGCACCCGUGACAUUGCACUUCACUGGAGAAAAGGCUCUGCGUGAGCUGUGGUGGGACAAGCUGUGGUUCUACCAGGAUGGUGAGGAGCUUCGAAAAGCUAGCUUGAGAAUGCCCGAUCGCCCCAUCAGUCAAGAGCCAAUUGCUGGCAAGACAUGGUACAAGAUUGAAUCACCUGAUCCAGAAGCAGGAAAGGGAGGAGCAUGGGCUGACAAUGGCGGCUGGCAUUCGUGGACGAGUCUGUGCAAGACAUAUGAGGAUGAGAUCUUCCCUCGCAAAACGCUCAAGAAAAAGGGUCCUCAUCACCACUCAUAG